CCAACGAGUUGUUUACGCUGGCAUUAAUACGAGUUUGUACAGCUUACUCUUCUAUACACCAAACAACUUGGUUUGAGAUAAUAUCUAAUCCAACCAAGCCACACACAACUGCACCUCAUAAUCUUCACUACAGGAACCAGAGAUGGUUCGCCGUCUUUGCGGUGGCUUCAUGGCGUUACUGAAGAUGUGUGGUGGUCAUAACGCUUCUGAGGGAGAUGUAUCCGCUGAAGACGGCGGUGAAGACCGUGGCAUCUUCUUUGAUCUCCAAGAGCUUGAGAUCGCGACUGAUUCAUUCUCUGAGAAGAACCGGCUAGGACAUGGCGGGUUUGGUCCUGUCUACAAGGGAUCGAUGCCGUGUGGUGAAGAAAUAGCUGUGAAGAAACUGUCGUUGAAUUCGAGACAAGGGUCGAGAGAAUUCAUGAACGAGGUUAAGCUCUUGCUUAGGAUUCAACACAAGAACUUGGUUUCGUUGCUUGGUUGUUGCUUCCACGGUCCAGAAAAGAUGCUGGUUUACGAGUAUCUUCCUAACCGGAGUCUUGACUAUUUUCUCUUCGAUAAGAUCAACCCCGGUUUACUUGACUGGUCCAACCGAUGGAGAAUAAUUAUAGGCGUGGCAAGAGGACUGUUAUAUCUACACGAAGAAGCUCCGGUUCGGAUAAUCCACAGAGAUAUAAAAGCUAGCAACAUUCUUCUAGACAAUGACUUGAACCCGAAAAUCUCGGAUUUCGGUUUGGCGCGGUUAUUCCCAGGCGAUGGCACUCAUACUAAUACCUUUAGAAUCUCUGGUACCUAUGGUUACAUGGCUCCUGAAUAUGCCUUACACGGUCUAUUAUCGGUCAAAUCAGAUGUUUUCAGCUUUGGAGUCUUGGUUUUGGAGAUAGUAAGUGGAAGAAAGAACCAAAAUCAUCGUCUUGGACCGGAAAUGGCCGAUCUCUUGAGCUAUACGUGGAAGAUGUACCAAGAAGGCAAAAUUCUAGAAUUGGUGGAUCAAUCUCUAGCAGGAGUAUACAACCGCGACGAAGCAGCCACAUGUUUCAUUAUAGGGUUACUCUGUUGCCAGCAAAUCACAUCAAAUAGACCGGAUAUGAACAUGGUUCAUCAAAUGUUGUCCAGCGAUUCAUUUGAUAUGCCUAAACCUGGUCGUCCUGGACUCCAAGGUCGUAGAGGAGGCGGCUAUGCAAGUACCGGUGCUGGUUCAAAAGGUUUUGGAUUAACCGGGAGCGAACCAAACAGUUUUAAAAGUAGAAGAAGUGGAGGAGGAGCGUCUGGACCGAAUAGCGUCGUCGAAGAGCACUCGAGAACUUCCAUUUCCAUGUCUUCCUUUGCCGAAGGAAGAUAAAUCUUAGAUUUUGAAAAGAAAAAAAGAAUCUUAAAUUCUAUAAAUGCAUGCACCCUUGUUUACGUGCGGUGUAUAUAUUUACAUAAGAGGGGAUUUUUAAACUAUAUAUUAUGUGUUUAUGGAUCUUAUAGUUUUCUUUAAAACAAUACUGUUAGUUUAAUUUAUUAGUAGUGCAGCUGUUUUAAACUA